AAUGUCAAUAAGCCAUUGCACAAUACUUUGCCAGAAAGAGCAUUAUUUCCUCGAAAUAUAUUCACUGUUUUUACGAUGGCAGAGGCAUUUAUGGAGCAGCGAAUGCUGACAAUUGAACAAGAAGAUAUGAAAGUCAAGUAAACAUGUCCACAUCUGUUCAGAUUGAGGAAGCCAAAGAUCAGGUCAACACAGAUGAUGUAAAAACCCAACUCUCAAAUGUCUCCCAGGCUGGCAGUGGGCGAGUCAAGAAGACUGGCCGCAGAGGUCGUCGGCCGACAAAGGUUGAUGUCAAGGUCAAACUGGAGCGGAGUCGCCAAAGUGCAAGGGAAUGUCGGGCAAGGAAGAAGUUGCGGUACCAGUACGUUGAGGAGCUUGUCACUGACCGUGAACGAGCCAUCCAUGCCUUGAGACAAGAACUAGAGACUUGCAAGAAAUGGUGUCACAAGAUCGACCAAGGUCACAUCCCUUCGGAUGUCCAUCGUAUCCUCCUUGACGCCAUGGAGGUGCCAGUUUCCUGUUGCAGUGGUGGUAACCAUGGCAAUGAGAAACAUGGUGGUGGAAGUAACGGUUAGAGAAUUUCUGAUUCAAUCGACAGAGGAUUUGCCAUUAAACGAUAUUAUGAUGUCACGGACUUCUUACCGUCAAAUUCGAGAACUGAAAACUGAAAAGUUUUCACAGACGUUUUUUCUUCAAUGGCCCAGGAUCUGUUAUUAAAGAUUAUGACAUCGCUGAAUUCUUACUAAUAUCAGUUUUGGUUUUGGUGACAUUUUAUUUUCACGGAUUUCACAAAUAAAUUAGACUAUGAAAGUUUUCUGUUCAUAAUUGCCAAAUUCUAGAACACUGUGGACUAGGCCUGCAGAUUUCAUGCUAGCCAGGAAUGGGUUUCAAAUAUCCCCAAGUUGUUAAGUUCAUGUUUUCAACAAAAAUUGUCUUUGUUUGGGUUUUGGGAGGGGUCGGGGGUGGUCAUCAAAUCUGUAAAUGAUAAACUUUUUAGUUUAUUAUAUCACGUCAGCCCCAUUGUCUUUCAAAGCAAGUGCAUUUAUAUUGUAUAACAAAGGGGAAAAUUUGGCCAUCACGGAUAGCCAAUAUACUCUUGUGAUCAUUCGCUCAUUUAUCAAUAGGUGUCGGUUGCUACUUACCAAAAAUAUAUGUUAGUUGUUGUCAAGGUUAGCAAUUGGUGUAAAUUUCAAAUGUAAAUAGAACCUAGGUUUGUUGCAUGAUAUUUCUCUGCAAUAUGAGAAUCGGACAUUUCUGCUAGGGUGUACCUUAAAAUAAAAUUCACAGUUCCUGUGUGGCAUCACGAGGUAAUCGGAGGCAAAUUUUACUUCUGUUCCCUGCACCCCCUCCCUCCUCUCGAGACCUUUCCCCUCAUUGGUUGAAGUACAGAGUACAGCCAGAGGGAAAAUGUCUCAGAUUGCGUCUCUCCGACUGCCCUUAAAUAAUCUCAUCGCCACGUCUGAUGAUGUAAAUUACUCAAAUGUGCUUUCUUGUACAGGACUGCUAAUUACGAGUAUAGUUAGUAGAACCUCUCUAUUAUGGAGACCCUUGGCCUUCGAACUGAAAUCUGCUGUCCUUAUUAGAGAGGUGUCCUGAUAACAGCGGUCAAUUUGAAUGAAAAUUACAGGUUUUGGACCAAAACAGUGUCCAUAUUAGAGAGGGUGUCUGCAGUAGAGAGGUGUCCGCAGUCAGGCACUGUAUUCUUGUAAAUUAUUAUUGUAAAAAGGACUUCACUGUAACUACUGCGAGUCAGAUGGAAACAAUGUAAAUGUAAGAAUUUUUAUUGUAAAUAUUAAAUUAAGAAAAAGAUUUCUUAAACUGGA